AGACCCCGCCCACUUAUCAUGUGACCAAACAAGGAAGUUUGAAUGCAGCGGUACUGAGACUAAAGUGAAGCUCGUCUGUGUUUUCUGUGAUGUUUACCACCACACCUAAAUAAUCGUUCGGUUUGACAGUCCACUGAAUCGAUCAAGACUGUGUGACAGAAUAAAGAAAUGAACAGAUAGUGACGAUCGCGGUCGAGGGUGUACUUUACUGUCCGUGCACCGUUUGAUGACAGUCAAAAUGUAUUUCUCACUCCUGGUUCCUGCUAUAAUUUCACUGUUUCCACUCGGACAGGCGUCACUCCCGCUGGUUAUCAAUACGUGGCCAUUCAAGAAUGCAACAGCUGCAGGUAGGACACAGUUCAUGAUGCUUUUACGUGUUUGCACAGCCUUAAUCACAAAGUUUCAGUCAGUCUGCAGGUCAGUCACGUGACAUUGUUUCGAAAUCUUGCCAAAAAAUUGAUGCAAAAGGUUUUUUUUAAAAAUACACUUCCCCAAAACAGCACGUAUUUGUGGAUUUCAGGACAUUAUUUCCUCAGUUUAUCGUUAACUAAGAGCAUUAAUGUGUAAAGCGCUGACUCUGCACUUAUCUAGGGCAAAAUAAUGUCAUAUUUUUUAUGCAUCUUUCCUUCAGUAGGGGAGAGUGGGGUAAGAUGAGCCAUUUUUCAUAUUUCUGGUCACUACAUCAAGGCAAUCAUACUUUUGUCUCUAACUAGAUAAUCUGCAUAUAUUUCAAGAUGUUGUGGAUCCCUGCAAACCAACAGAAUGAGUGUAAACAUAACUGUCUUGAUUAUAUAGCAUGCCAAAAAAAAGUGGUCUCCUAUGGUCAACUUACCCCGUGUAUGGGGUAACAUAAAGCUGUUCAGUUACAGUAACUUGAGUAAAUCUUAUUUGUUUUAAUCUACCCCUGCUUUUACUUCUGAUUGAAAACUAAAACCGUAGUAUGGUUGACAUAAGUUUCCAUUACCUUCACUGUUACUAAAUCUGUUUUUUAUUAUUGCAAAAAUCAUAAAAUUGUUCUAAAAAGAGGAGAAACAACAAUGGUUAACAUGCAUUAUUGAACCCAUCUGUGUUUGCAGAAAGAUCUCAAUGACACCUUAAAAAAGCAGAAGUUGGAUAUAUCCUGCUCUUGUGCUGACAGGCUGACAUGGCUUGUUUUUUCCAGGAUGUCAUCUCCUGUUUGUAAGAGAUGUAUUUACUUUAAACCCUGUAAUUGUUUCUGCAUAUCUAACAGCCUUUCCGCUGCUGAGGUGUUUGUGUUUUUAAAAAAUGUACUUUUUUUGGCAUAUAGUGAUGACUAUGCACACCAUGACAUUAAAUGACUCAGCCAUUAGGUGUCUCAUCAUGCGGCUAACUGAGGCAGCUUGACAUGUCAUCAUCGAAUUAUUCUGCUGGAAAACAAAAACAACAUUUAGUUUGAUUGUGGAGUUAAAGUGGCUGCAGUGAGGACACAUUAGAAAUACUCACAGGGCUUCACUAAUUCUUCUCUUUUGGCUUGAUUGUAUUCAGAUUGACCUUUUGAAGCCUAAUAAUGAGUUUGACAGAGCAAUAAUUGACAUUUUGUUCAUUUUAAGAUAAAUUUCUGCAGUAAUUUGUGAAAUGAAGAUGCAAGUCACCCUUUGAAUCAGAUCUACUUUUAUCUAUCAUUUGUGGCAUUUUAAGAUAUUUUGUUUCCUGCUAUCUUAUUAACUUAUUAGCCGAGAAAAUGUUAAGAGGAUUAAACGAUAAUGAAGACAAUUGUUGCAGCUCAAAAAAGUCUGUUGAUUACUUCCUGCAAUAUUAAGCCACAUCAAUUUUUUGAUCCUUCUUUGAGACAGAAAGCCAAAUUCCUGUUUGUUUGUUAGAUUUUAAUCCUGGACAAACUCCAUGACCACUAUUUUCAAAACUUUUCCCUCACACUGUUUGAAAAUGCUUUUUUGGAGUAUAUUUGAGAAAUGCAUGACAUUAGUAUCUGUAUUCACUGAUAAAAGCUGAAAAAGUUAAUAAGGGGAAUCAGCGGGUAUGAAAAUUUCUGCAUGUGCUAUUCAUUAUGCAUGCGCAACAUCUUACAUUCACCAACAAGAAAAACAACAACUAUGAAAUUCAGCAUCUUCUUGCUGUAUUAUGCAAAGUCUACCUUGGAACAGCUUAUGUCGCUCCAAAAACCUCUAUGUACUUUUCAACACUUAUGGUACAUUCCCAGAUGUAUAAGCUGCCAUGACAUGGACAUCUAUAUCCCUGUAUCAUCAGUAAUGCUUUUGAACUGUGCUCUUAUAAAACACUGGUGAACUGAAGACACGGGGUGCAGGAUUUUUCAAAAAGAUCACAAGACAGUUUUUCACAGUCCAUGUGAAAUGGACUCAGGCCCAGAGAGGAAGCUGACAUUUCUGGAUCAUGUUCAUACAUGAUAUACAGUGUCCACUUAACCUUCCUCCUGUGUUAGCUUUUACUACGCACCCACUAUGUUAAGGGUCAGUUUUUGACCCGUGUCAUAAAUCAGCUUUAAAUUACAUUAAAAACAUUUGUCUGUCAUCCAGUUUGGUUCUCAUCUCUAGGUCAACUUGUUAGGCUUCAUUAUCCAUGAAAAUAUUGCUUUUAAUAUUUUUUGUUGGAAGUGAUUUCAGCCUGUGCAGAGGUUUAUAUAUCAGAAUCAUGUUUUCUUUUUUAUGUAAUUUACAGCCGCCUGAGGGUCACAGCCUUUCAGUUUUCUUGUCCCUUUUGCACAAAGAUUUCUCCAAACUCUCUGAAUCAUUUAGUUUUAUUAUGGUCAAUAGAUGAUGAAGUUAUUAUUAUAUGUUUGUGUUGUUGCUGUUGUUGAGGAAUAUUAUUCUGAAACAUUUGAACUAUAUCUGUCCCUCACAGGCUGACAAUUCUCUUUCUGUUUUAAUGAAAGUGCCCUUGUUCCACCAUUUAUUUCAGUAUUACACAUCUAUGUCAAAAAGGUGCAAAUAUAUCAAUAUCUUUAUUGAUACUGACCAAAAUGAGUUUGAAAGUAUUGGCAUGUUGGACAUUGGCCCAAAUUCAAUCUCAUGUAUUGCUACCGUACCUGUAACCCCAAACCAAAGCUGCACGUGUUGAAUUAUCAGUCACAGAUGAGGAUGGGACAUGGACAGGAUCCACUAGACAUCACAGCUGCCUUUGCCAGGUCUGCCGCCACUCUAUUCGAUUUCCUUCAGGAUGAUACAUUGGACAUGUUGAAAUUGAAACUGGAAAUAUUUCAGCAAUGCUGGAGACUAAUCCGUCAAGUGGAUUUCCACCAGGUGAAAAACCUGAACAGAAAAAGAAAUGAUAGAACCGGUGCUAAAAACAUCUCAAGCAACACAUCAAACCUGAAGUUCACUUGAAAACCUCACCAACUGAUGGAUGGAUACCCUUUAAUUCAUCACGUAUAUAUCACCUCUUUCCCCUGAGGUUGGUCUGAAAAUGAAAAAUGUACCGAGCUAUCGGUUCUGCAGGGAGAUAUUUAAAAGUGUAGUCUGCGAGCUCUCACUAUUGAUCCGCCCAUGCAGAUCUCUUCUCCUCUGGGGGCUUACAGAAGCAGAUGACAAUAGCGGGCUAAUCUCUUCUUCUAUCCUGCUGAAUUUACUAAGUGAGAAAAAUGUAAUGCUGAGUUUGAUGUAAUAGAAAAAGAAUCAAAUCCUGAGACAAGAGCACUUACCAAAGUUUGUAGAUGGACAGAAUUUAUGGGUGGAUGAAUAAGAAAUAAUAGAAGGAGGAGGAAGUUUGUGGUGCUAUCCUACUGAUCACAGUGCAAUGGUCUGAGAAUUUAGUGGCAAGCUGGUGGCACUGCAGCAGUUGGUAUUUUGAUCCCCCAUGGGCACUUGGGGGAUCAGUGACCAAAUGCUUGUCAGCUCACAGCCCCCCAGUGUGCGGGAAAUCAUGCUGGUCAUCUUGUACAUCAUUUCAACCUCUCACUGGCCUCGUGUGAAAAUAAGGAUCCAAUUAUUAACUCAACAGAUUCAACACAACCAGUUUCCCAAAAAGAAAACACUGACAGGCCAGGAGGAUGUAUCGUUGCAGGAUCGGAAUAUUAAACCUAAUUUCAUUGGAUUUAUAGCAUUAUAAUCAAAACAGCCUCCAAAAUCACUGCACAUUAAAACCCGGUGAUUAAUCACAUUUCAAUUUCAGUUGCACUCGGUGCUCCUCAUGAUCAUAAAAAUAUGAUAAUCCAGACUGAAUAAUGCCCUGCCUGCUGUUCUCCCCACAUUUGGUCCUAUACAUUGAAUGAAGCCCACCCUCCCUCUCCUCCGUAACAGCAGAGCGUGGGCACGACUCCUCCCCUCAAACAGCUCUUACUUCAUCAGAAGCAGCUGGGAUCAAUGUGAAGCAAAGUUUGGGAGCACAAGGAAGUCACUGCUCCUGUUGAUAUGAACUGUGGACUGCUGUAUCUUCAAAACAUUGUUCAACAGCUGUGUGUGUCUGAAAAACAGAGUGAGCGCUGAUGAGUUAACCACUGUUGGGCUAAAAAGUAGGCAACACUAUUCUGAAUCCAAAUACAGUACAGGAGGUCAUUCAGAAAAGACUGAAUGAUUUCUUAGAUCUGCAGCCUGUGAUGAAAUGUAAGAGCUCAAAUUCAUUUUUUAUGACUAUGAGGGAAAUCUGGCUUUUUAAUUGAGUAAGUGUUAUUACCGAAGUUAGAGGUGGGGUAGGCAGGAAUCUGUUAAAGAAGCAUCGUUUUUUGUGGUGAAUAUACAAAAAAGCUUUUAAUAUCAGUCAACAGCUAUUAGUUAUUGAUGACAUUUGGUAAUAUAACAAUAUCGCUGUGUUCUCUUAUGUCUGUGUAGUCAACAUGUUAAAAUUUCAGAGCGCUCCGCUCUUUCUGACUGUAAACAAAGCCAUUCUCCACCUCCCCCAACCUGAUUGGUUGUGAGGCAGACGCUGCUCCCCCGUGCCGUUCAUGAGCCCAGACAAAAGUUAGCGUGCUACGAUAUCGGUCUGUAGAAACCGACCAGAAAGUUCGGAAAAUUGUCAGAAUCCUCCUUUGGCCACGACUGCCGACACAAGCAAGAAAACAAAGUAAAUACUGGAGACUCUGGCGGAAUAAUGGGCACUUAAAAAGGAGGUAGACCACCCAGACAAGAGCUAAAAAAGUCGGGUCAACAACGAUAAGGGGAUGCUUUGGGAUCUUACAGACCCUGUAACCUUUCUGCUGGACAGGUAAACCACUUUAACAAAGUAAGCCAAGUGUAACAGAAGUGUUUCUUGUCAAAUGGGACCUGCUGCAUGUUGUAGCGCCACUAAACUGUUUACCUCGGGUCCUGGACUAUGUCACUUUAUCCUCGUUGUAGAAGUCCUGCAAACAUUGUGUUUGCUGGUAGUCUGUUUGCAUCUACAGUAGCACCAAUGCUUUUUACUUUCAUGUUGACUGGGCCCCAUUUGUAAUUAUCUGAAGUAUUUAUCUGCUUUAUAUCUGAAUUUAAUUGGAACGAUACGAACAAGCAGGAGUGUCUGUUUGUGGGCGGGGCUUGCUGGAGCAGAGAGGGAGGGGAGAGGAGGAGCUGAGGGGAAAACUAAGUGGGAGGGGUAGAGUUUACAUUCAAGAUUUCGCCUAAAAACUGGCACUUCCUCAGAUCCUGCCUACCCCACCUUUAAGCUAAGUGAAGUGAGAAGUUGAUGCACGGUCCCUCUCAGUAGUCAUACAUAUGACUUUGAAAAAAAAAUAGAUUAUGUUUUGGUGAGGACAUUUUUUCCUCUUAUUUCCAAACUUCUUUUUCUCUCUGCUUGGGUGUUCAUCCGUCUUGAGUCAGCAGCACUAAGUGACCUCUCCCUUCAUUUUCAAACAUGGGGUCGAGCUGCCAAAUGUUUGCACCACUGUGGCCUAAACUCAAAAGUACAUUAUCCAACUCAGUGGAGGGUGUUCAUUUAGUUUCCUGGGUGCUACAUUAUGAAUUUCUUGUCAGUCUGUAUUAUAUUGAAUGUAUAACUGUACUCUGCUCUGCUCUGCAGCGUGGAGUGUCCUGCAGUCCGGAGGCUCUGUUUUGGAUGCGGUGGAGAAAGGUUGCGCUCGCUGUGAGGCAGAGCAGUGCGAUGGCACCGUGGGUUACGGCGGGAGCCCAGAUGAGACCGGAGAGACCACGCUGGAUGCGAUGAUCAUGAACGGGUAAUUCACGUUUCUAUUUUUGAAACAAAGCUCAGCUUCUUGGUAAAAGUUUGCAUCUCCAGCUUCUUGUCAAACUUAAUUCAAUAAAGCGAGAAACGAGAAAUUGACGAUUUUCUUAAUUACUCAUCACUUAGACUUCUCUGACAAUGACCUGAUGUUGUCCACUCUCAUUAGGAAGCUGGAGCUGUCAACACAGUGUGUAGCUGGCUCAUAAUACUUUCCUAGUGCAGAUUUCUUCGCCUUAAAAAUUUACAGCUCUAACUGGCUGACCUUUUUUUUUCCCAGCCAGCCUUCCUGUAAUGAAGCACUAAUUAAGAUUCUCAUUACAUUCUGAAAGGCAACAAGUUAUUAAUACCUGGAGUACAAACAUUUAUGCACUCAGAAGUUAUUAUGAGAGGCAAAUGUCAGCUCGUAAUGACAGACAAGAAGCAAUAAGCAAGCUGUUUGUUAUUCCCCGCGUGCAAUGUUCCUUCCCCAUUUUGCAGCUCUGUUUUUAGUCACACAGUCAUGAAUACAUUGCUUGUGUGUGUGUGUGUGUGUAGGGGGGGCUGGGCGGGGAAAGGGUUGGGGUGUCUCCUACACACAAUCCAAUACAGCUGCAUAAGUAAUACAAUAGCCACACUGGCACACUUUGAUCGAGCACGAGGAUCGAAACACCUGCGCUGCUUAAAAAAAAGAAUCCUGUAGAGCAGCCCUGCAGUGAAUGCUGGUCCUGUAAUAAUGUGAGAGUGUAUCAUGUUCAGUUUCUUGUGUAGGAGGUUUUAACUCUGAGGCAUUUUGUGAGAUUUAAGUUUGGCGGAGUGGACAAGCAUCAAGUUUUGUGUUUCUUUCACAACUGCAACCCAUUACAUCACCGCCAUCAUAAAGAGCGCGCAUCACUCUGACAGCCAAAUAAAACUCCACAGGGUCCUGAAUAUCCAUCAGAUAGUCUUUUAGAUCCACUCAUGUCAACAAAAGUCUUUACAUUGAACAUUACUGAUUACCUGCAUUACAUAAGACGUCUGUUUUUUCUUGGUAAUAAGCUAAUACAUAAAUAUCUUGACAAUAUGAUCCGUAAAGUUAGUCUGAGUUUAGUUAAACAUGACUGACAUUGCUUACAAUUUUGUGCAAAUCAGAGUUUGAUAUAAGGGUUAGUUGAUAUUGGCCAGUCUGAACAUACUGAAAUUGUAACAUACAUGCAACAUAUUAUUAUUUUUUCGCUAUCUUUUUAUUUAUUUAGUUAUUUGCAGAACAUAUAGCAAAAGAAAAACCCACAUUCUUGCCUUUAUUUAGACACUGACUCAACAAUAUGUUUUUCCAGUACAGCAUGCUGCAACACUCCAGUUUGAUUCUCUCUGCACUGUCUGCAGCACACAUUGCAUAGUGUCUAAGACAAGCGGAUGGAAGUUUUGGCUUCAAUUGAUUGAGAUAAUAAUGCAGCAUUUUCUUAAAAGUGGUCAUUUUACCAAAGAAGAAAGUUUUUAAUUAUUUCCUGCUUCAGGUUGUUUGUGCAAAAAAUCUGCAAACAAACCACAAAAACGGUAUUUUGUUUUCAUUCCAGUUCAAAUACUUAUUACAUCAGUCACCAAAUCUGUUCAUCUGAAAAUUGUACUAGUAGCUGUAAAGUGGCUGCAGGUAGACCAGCACUAGUUGAGUAACAGCCCAAAGUCUGACAGGCUCCAGUGUUGUUGAAUAGCAUGAAAACGCUGCUAUAGGAGGCUGGGUAGCAAACAAAAGCUUGACAAAGACAAGACGUAAAAAAACUUUCUUGUUAUCAUUAGGCUCUUGCUGUCAUGUAUUGGUGAUAGUUUUGAUAUUUAAUACAUCAACUGACCUGAUUGUCGCGAGCUGAAAGGCAGUACAUCUUCACCUUCAGGAAGAGAGAAGGACAUCUGUUCCUGAUUUUUGCCCUGUGCUCAAAAACUGGGACAAGAAUAGAAGUUAAAUCACCUAACCAAGUUUUGACUGCAAAUCAACCUAACUUUGCAUGUAAACUUACUAUCUCCCUGUGUAGUUUUCUUACAGACAUGAGUGAGACCACAUGUUUUGCAUUAAUUAUAAAAGUUAGACUUUUCCUUCCUUAUCAGAGUUUACUAAAAAAAAAAGGCUGAAACCUGUCCCGUGUACAACCUGCAGAGCUACUUUUGCACAGAUGGAUCUUUUAUCACUUAAGCCCCUGGUAAUGUUUGUUCUUUUUGUUCCCUAUGCGCCCAGAGACACAAUGGAGGUGGGUUCAGUUGCAGACCUGAGAAGAAUCAAGAAUGCCAUCGGAGUGGCGAGAGCUGUGAUGGAGCACACUGAGCACACACUGCUGGUAGGAGAGUCAGGUAGGAGUGGAUGAUGUCCAAUCAUGUCUAAAGCAGUGCUCUUAUUUUGAAAUCCAGCAAACAAGCAGGACACAAAUUCAAUUUACUUAACCAAAGGGAUCUUAUGCUCUUUUUAUUAUCAUUUUUUUGCUAUGUAGAGCUAAAAAAGGCAGUAAAUAAUAUUUUAAAAGACCUCCUGAUACUUGAAUCUGCAUUAGGCAUCAUCUCCAUCAGGCACCUGUCAUAUUAGGGCCAAAGCACUUCAAGCACUUACCAUAAUGUGUGUUUUUCUGCAACACUUGAAUAAGCCUCAAUCUCUAGAUCAAUAACAUCAAGAGGUUAGCGAUGAUUGCUUGGGUCAGAAGUAAAGUACAUUAAAAAUGCUCGGUACAGAAAUAGAACGAUUGUAUAACAGACUAAUGCCUAAAAAGGAAAACAUACAAGUGUUAUCUUGGCAUUUCCAUGACAGCAGCAAAUUGAUAGGCACCGAGAAGAAAGCACAUUCAUCUAUCUGCAAGCUAUUAGAUGGAAAGUGAAGGCCAGUCUUGAAAUAUGUUAUUCCUCUAAGAUUAAUGGGCUCUAUGUGAAGAAUUUAGCUUAUCAAAGAAGAAAACUUUAUUUUUCUAUCAAAAGGCAGUUUUAUAAUCCACAUAUUCAGAAUAACUGCAGCAUCAUCCUGGCAGAAAUGAUAAGGUCACCUGUCCUCGCUCAAAAGCCAAAGCCUCAACAAGAUGAGGUUGCCUCCAGUGGCUCUUUUAUUCGUGACCCUUUGUUUUUCUCCAACCCAAGGUCAGCGUGGCCCAGAAUGUCUAACCUGACCCUGAAAGUUUUCCUCUCCUCUCUUUUCCUCACAGCGUCUGUGUUUGCCGAAAACAUGGGCUUCAUCGCAGAAGACCUGACUACCAACAAAUCUAUGAAUAUUUUCUCACAGUGGCUGAAGGGCAACUGCCAACCUAAUUAUCGAAAGGUGUGUAUGUGUGUGUAGAAGGGUGUGUGUUUUCUCACUUGUGUUGGCUACAGGCGCACUGCUUCUAAAAGAUUGAUAUUAAGCAGGGAAAUUGACAGGCAUACUCAAGUAGUUCAUCAAAAGUCAGCUCUUGCUGCAGAGGUGAUGCCCUACAGCUCAGGUCUUGCUAUUCUUUAAAACUAACACAUUCGCUUCCCCAAUAACACCUCAAAAUCUCCAGACUAAGUUUUCUUUUUCCUUUUAAGUUGGCUGUGUUGUUCCAGAGAGAGUAUGCAGGGCUUUAUUGAUUCACUUCACAGUAUCUGAUACUCGGGGCCGUCAACCAAACAUAGACUGUUUUAGAACUGGUCCUCAGUUGUGCCACUAGUUUGGACUAAAAUCCAUCAGUUUCUGGACUUUGGUUUGGCUUCACUUUUGUGCUUAGGUUGCCUUUCUUUUUACAUUUGAGCUUGUAUCUUGGUUUUUAGGUAGUUUUUGACUAGUUGGGAAUAUGUUUUUUAAAUAUUAAAACUUAAAUGCUUUUAAAAGACACAAACAAAUGUUACAGAUCAUAAACUAAAUGUUGCAAAGUUUAGUUUGUUAAUAAAUCAACUGAGAAAAGAGGGAAUUUCUCAACAGGUUGCAUACUUUCUUUCAGCCUGUGUCAUUGCCCCCUGCUGGUCGUAUUAGAGAAUGCAGAUUAAAGGUACUUUUAUACGCCUCAUUAUUGUCAUGACAACCAUAAUCACGUGGCCAUUAAAACUAGAAUAUGAGUAAAUGAAGGUGAGAUCUAGAGCGAAUAAAUAGCUAAUUUGAUAAAGGUAGUGUAAAACUAGACCCAUGCUGGCUGAUCUCCCAGUACUCCCAGACUAUUUUUAUGUUGUAACUUUUGAUGCCCGAAAUGUCGGUGCGAGGGGGUAGGUGUCAGCUGAGCAGCAGAAAAUGACAGUCCCGUUUUUGUAAUUUUUACAUUAAAUAUUCAAAAUAAAUGACACAUUUGACUAUGAAAAGAUUAAACAAAGACUGUUCUGUCCACAUGCGUCGCUGAAGUUGAUAAAAACUUUAAGUUCCUAACAGGAGCUUUAAAAAUGCUUGCCCAUGUAGAUUCAACUGCUAGUCACACUUCCAUGGCAUCGUUUUUUAGGGCAGAAUUACAAUAAACUUAAAUGUUUUUAUACGUGUUUUACUGAUAUACAUCUCUUUAAACCUAAUUUCCCUCAUGUUCUCCCGUCAUCCCUCUCCUUUUCUGUUGGUUUUAUCUCUUCACUCACCAGUCCUUUAAAGGGAUAUUCCAGCGUAAAUUUAAGUUACAGUCAAACACACCAUAACACCGAGUUAGACACCCCCUCGAGAGAUGAAUGUUGUCGACUGCUUGCUUCUCUAGUUAUACAGCUUCAGCAACGACCGCACGAUAGCAAUACACAGCAGUGUACACAACUCACCCACUCUCCUCCAGCAGCCGCUUAUUUGUGAGGGAGCCCUGACGAGUCGAUCACCGAGUGCAGAGGAGUUCUGCAGCUCAAGGAAGAACAUUUAUGAUCAUUACUUCAUGGAAAUACAAUCAGACCAAGACGCUAAGGCGGAAAAACUACUGCGCCUGCAGUGCAAAAUGAUUAUUAUGAUGAUUAUUACUUCAUGGAAAUGUCGUGGAAUAUCCCUUCAACUUUGCCAAACCAUGUUGCCAUGAUGGUUGCUGCUUCAUGUUUGUUUUCUUCAAUUCGAUUGAUGUCUCUGUCAUUCAUCUUUGUUUGCUUUUACAUUGCUUGUUAGUUUCUGCAUGGUUUCCCUGCAGUCUUCUUUCUCUGCUUAGUUCUGAUUUGCCAUGAAACCAUAAAUCUAAAGUUUUGUCCAAAACUCUCAAAGUAAUUUGAGAAUAAUGUUAAAAAUGUUCACCUUGUCGUCAGCCACUGCUUUUGGAAAUUAACUGAACAUAUGCGCCAGACUCCUUUCAAGGCAGGUUGUCCCUGAUGUCACUUGUUAUCCAGUUUCAUAACUUUCAAUUUGGGGAUUUUGACCAAUUAGAGUCAGGUAUUUAACACAGCUGGUGAUCAGUUAAAAAGCCAAGAAAUAACAGUCUUUGCACAAUUACUCAUCUAUUACUUCCACAAGUCAUAUUUUCUGUGUUAAAAUCAAGCUUUGUGAAUUCUUUUGUUAGAUUUCAGCUUGUUGCUGAAGUCACAGGAGACCAACGACAGCUGAAUGUUUUAUAACGAAGGCGAACAUUUUCAAGGGUUUUACUUUCACCUUCAUGAAGAAGAAUAUAACAGAGUUUGCUUCAUGAAUAAUAUGCAGACAGUUUUAUAAAGCAGACUAGUUGAUCUAAACUUUGUUUUAUUGAUGGCACCAUUGAAGCUGUUCAGGCAGUGAUGCUGAGCUGUACUUUCAAUAAGAAGAAGAAAAACCUUUGUUUUAACAUUUCUUGUGUGGCGCAGUCUCAUGUUUUGUGAAUUUUAAUGAGAUUUUUCCUUUUUGGAGAAAGUCUUUCAAGAGAGACAGAAUUAACGUUUUUUACCUAGCUGCAGGUCAAGCUGGUACAGUCAGUCAGUCAUUGUAAGAGAAGAGAUGGCGCCUUAAUGGAGAGAGAAAAAGAAACCUUCAUGUCAGACUACACUAGACUCUGGUACAGUAGAUGUCACUCUUUAUAGAACAUGUUAUGUGACUGCUGGAGGACACGUUCUGUCUGCAGCAGGAGAUCCAGACAGAACAGGACUCCCUACUGAUUAUUAAUCUCUGCUUUAUUAUUCUCCCACUCGGUGACAAAACUGCUUAUGGUUUUGUUACUUGACAUCACAGCAGAUCACAGCAAAUGCUCGCAAUUUACCAUAUGCCCGUGUUUAAUUACAAUAAUUACACCAAAAAUAAUGAACAGGGUUAUUUAUGAAGCAAAACUAAAACAAUGCAUGGAGGCAGGUUCAGUGAGAAACUUUACAUACUUGGAGAACAAAACUUCUCUGCACAUAUAUGCAUUUAUAAUUAUAAGCAUUGUUCGGAGAGUUUAACAACUUGUGAGGUGAACACAGUGCAAAGACUGCCUCAUUAGAUGCAAAGUGUAAGGGGCACUUAUAGAUCAUGUAAGUGAAAUGCUGUGUACAAUUAUAAGAAUCCAGGGUGAGAGUGUUUAAGUAUUCUGGCGUUACGUAAACAGUUUAGUUUUCUGUCUAUUUCCUCUCAAAAGAACAUGAUUCCAGAUCCGACCACGUCCUGUGGACCCUACAAGCCCAGAGCGAUGCUGAAGCAGAGCAAGAGGGCACAGCAUGCAAACAGACGCUCCCAUGACACCAUCGGUACGUUCCAUAAUCUCCUAAUACUGAAUGUACAAUCAUCUUCCCUCAGGCGGUCCAGAGAGUGAAGCAUUAACACUUGAAUAUUGAGAAUAGACAGAGGUGAGAGGAGGUUUUGCAGCAGAGUGUUCCUACAAGGAAGUGAGCUGAUGAACUAAAGGUUAGAAGUAAACAAAGCACUCUGGAGGACUCAAACUUGUUCAUUUGCAUCCGCUCCAUUACUAAACUUACCUGUCCAAACUUUUUAAUUUAGUCUGAACUGGAUUUAUGUACUGAUCAGGGAGUCUGGAGUUGUUUUAUAAUUUAGUGUUAUGCUCACAAAUAAUUCAAGCAGCGAUCCUAUUACCUCUUAUGAGGGCUUGACAAGAUGGAGUUUAACUUUCUGGAGGUGUAAGGGCAGCUUGCGAUGGAUGGCUUUUAAUCUAGCUUUUUUUCUGUGUUUUUUAAACCAGGGAUGAUUGCUGUUGAUGGAAAUGGUCAUGUGGCUGCUGGAACAUCAACAAACGGACUGAAACAUAAAGUUCCAGGGUGUGUAGAUUAUCUGAUGUCAGUGUGUGCAAGGUUGACGCUCAAUCUGCGGAAAUCAUCAACAUCAGUCCUCUGAUAUCAUUGAGAUGUCCCUGAUUAACACCGAUGCCAAAAUACAUAAAACCACAAUUAAAGUGAAUCAGAAAGAUCAAUACAGAGACAGAGAGAAGAACUGCACCUUGGUUAGAGAAGUUUGAGAUGAUCGACCUGUUUCCAUUUCUUCUGCUGUUCCUUCUCUACUCUACUAACCUGCAGGAACCAGCAUGUGCAGACAGAGCUGUCAAUCACUCACUUUUUAAACAUCAAUUAAAUAAAUCAAACCAGUGACCUUCCCAGUGAAAUAAAUCAGCAUUUGGCAUUUGUAUUUUAACUUUAUAGUUCCAUCCGUUUAAAUGAAGGAGGUGGGGUUAAUUAUUAGUCAGUAGGGGGAGCUCUUCAUCAUUUUAGAGUCAGUAGCCAUGUUUACAUGUGCAUAAUAUUUUGAUUGGAUUAAAAAUUUGAGGUAUCGGAAAAUCUGAAUCUACUGUGUAUAUGGGAGAAAGAUCUAAUAAUUUGAUUAUGACGUGAGUAUACAUGCACCAAGUUUUAUUCAGAUGAGAAGCAUUUGGACAGAGUUGUCCAAUUUCGCUAAAACAACCGUAGAAGAAGAGUUGUAUUUACGCCUGUGCUGUCAACAAACCAACAAUUGAGAUAGUGGCUCACUUCAUCCAAAUUCAGGAUUUCCCCUCCUGUUAAAUAAUGUCACUAGACGGCGUCCUUGCGUACGCAUUUUACUGUUCUGUCAAUGGUUGCUCUGUGCGCGCAGUUGUGACAUCAUUGCGCUGUACUGUAUGUACGCCUUGUUAUGUCAUGUUGUUAUGCAGACACGGUACCUACAGUUGUGUUUCAUGCCAGAGUGUUAAUAAUGAAACCUUCAGUACUGACCUCAAUAAAUAAGCCAAAGACUUGAGAGUUAAGACCGAGUCAGGUAAGAGAGUCGCGAUCGGAAUAAGUGUGUACAUGGAUGCGCUUCGGAAUAACGAUCAGCCCAAACCCCUCCACUCGAUCGGAAUACAAUUUCUUUCUGAUUGAGCCAUAUUGGAUCAAAAUCUUCCGAUCAACAUGUGUGUAUGAUGCAUUUUUAUUCCGAUCAGGCCUUUAUUCCGAUUAUUUGUGCCCAUGUAAACGCAGCUAGUGAUUACAGCAUUGAUUUUAAUAAAAAGUCUCUAAUUGAAAGAAUAAGUUUGGUGGAGUUCAGUGCGAGGUUACACCAUCUAUGCAAGAAUUUGAACAUUGCCUAAUAUAAACCAUAAUUUAGGUUGAUAACUUUCGUCAUAAUUUAGGAGUUGCACCAGCUGAGUAGGUGUAAUAUACUCUGGCUUGAUGGUGCAUUAUUUUGAAAAACUGGAUAACUCAAAGAAUAACGAUUAGCAGAAGGUUUUAACCUCCUGGAUAGAUUACCCUGAAGAGAAAGUAUGAUGACUUUGAACUUUAGCCCUGCUUUUGUUUUUCACAAGAGGAGAUGAUUUCAUCUGCUUCAUAACAAGAGUACGACUGUGUUUACUUGUGAUGCUGUUGAUUUUACAACCCACUCUGUUGCUACUAGUCCAUUACAAUCACUGAACAGAAGCAAUUUUCUGCUGUGAGCCUGUUUACUGUCAACAUAGCAGAAAAAGCUGCAGCGAAUACCCAGAUAAGGAUAGCACUCUGCAGUGAAAACAUCUCCUCUUCUGCAAAAUUUUUGGUUACUUUGACUUCACACUCUACAAAUAAAGGUGCAACUAGACAGUGACACAACUUAAAUUACAAACUAACAAGUUUCAACAUAUAAUUUUAUGUUAACUUUGCAGCCUACAUGGUGAAAAAUUUCGCACAGAGAGACCACAGUGAUCCAGUACUGAUACUCGACCUUCAAAGUCCACACAGGCUUUUUAAAAGCCUCAGAUGUUUUUAUUCGGAGCUGUUAUUCACUAUUUUAUCAUUUUUCACAAGCUAACUUAUUUGGAUUUUCGAGAGAGGAACUAAAUAAAACAAAAUGAGCUCAGCGAUUUGAUUCAGCCCUCUUUUGUCCAGUUUGACUGCACUUGUAUCACAAGUUUAAACAGGAUGAUAUUGAAAUGUAGUAUUGCAGCGAUAUCACUGAGGUUUUUUUUUUUUUCAUUUCUAGAGAGAAACAGAAGCAGCUGUUAUCAGCUAUGAAGGACUAACUAUUUUGACAACAGCUGUGUGUUGUAACCUUGUUUUGCAGCCGUGUUGGGGACUCUCCAAUCGUCGGGGCAGGGGCCUAUGCGGACAGCUUAGCUGGCGGUGCUUCUGCUACUGGAGAUGGAGACAUCAUGAUGCGCUUUCUGCCAAGGUAACUGGCCCAUUGUUUGUUCAUAAAGGAAGAUUUCAAUUACAGUAAAGAUAGCUCUCCUAAGCCGUUACCUUGAGUCGCUGCGCUGUUAGAUGAAACGGGAACAAUUUUAAUAGUAUCAAACAGGAAUGUGAAAAAUCCUCAGACUAGCAUAUGUUCAAAUUUUUGAGUUGUCUCAGGGAUAAAGGAAUUGGUCAGCGUAUGUGAGAGAUGUGGAAAAUGUUUUCUUCUUCUUCCUAAACAAAUGUGAUUUGCUUUCACUUGUGAGAAAUACACAAAGUGUUAAAGUGCUGCACAAAUAAGAAUAUUCUUCUUCUUCUGUUGAAUAACCCCCCUGCUAGAGCUCAGACUGUGCAGCAUUUAACAAAGAUGUGUUGCAUUAGCACUCCUUCAUACACCCUACGACGGGAUUAUUCCUCAGACUUAUUUCUCGACUAAUACAACUUUCACAGCCUUUUCUUUGACAGGAAAAAUCGGUUUCAGAGGAAAUUGACAUCUGUGGCACAUGUAGUCUUUAAACAGACUUUUUUUUUUUUUGUGAACCUCUCGCUCGAAAUGAAACCAAAGUAUUGUAAGAGGUGGAAGCGUGACUGUGUUGCCCCAAAACUGUCAUUUUUACAUUCCACAGAAGAGGCGAGAUUUCACUUUAGCUGCUGUUUGUUUCCAAGCUGAGAAAAUGUGUCAGUCUCAGAAGGUACUUUUUUAUAUUUUUUAACCAUGAUAGUUUGAGUGAGGACACAUGCUGUUUUUUUAAGCUGCACUAAGCUUUAAAGUCAUAGUCACACACUUGCACACCUCAAGGCUGUCUAUUUCAAUCACACCUUUUCGAGUCACUUCCUGGAACUACUGGGGGUUGCAGUUUUCAAGAAGACCUUUCUACCACUGGACUGAGAGUGUUUGUAAUUCAUUCUUCAUGCUCAUGUUUUUCCUCGUAGUCAACAAAUCCUCUUAUGGACUUGGCUUUCAGAGUGUGGGAGUAACAAUCAUCAUCAGCAGGAUGUUCAGAGAACUACAUCUGUCUUUAUUGUUGGAAUUUUCCUUUAAUAAGCGGUUGCAAGAUGCAUCCAAAUGUCAAUAACACCCGAGAAAAAAGGGAAAUUUUAUCAGAGCAAGGUGACGCUUUUACUGUUGUGUAUUACCUCUCAGAAAUAUCAAAAGUAUAUUUUUAAAUAGUGCAAAGACAAUAUAUAUAUAUAUAUAUAUAUAUAUAUAUAUAUAUAUAUAUAUAUAUGUAUAUCAUAUGUAUCUAUUUUAAAAUCAUUUUAAAUUUGAUGCUAGUAUCAUAUUUCAAGAACUUAAAGGUCAGGGCACUAAAACGAAAAAAAAACAUCAUUUAAGAUCCAGCUUUUGAACAUAAAUGCACAAAAUGAACUGGGUCAACAACCCGUAAAAGAUGGAUGUCAUACUCCGAUCAAGACUCUGUAGUGGAAAUCACUGCAUGGACUCAAAAUCAUUGCCAAGUACGUUGUCUGUGAACACAGUAUGAACCGUGUAAUUCCAGGAGGAACCACAUAUUGACAUGAUCUAGUCCUGAUCUUGGGUAUUUCCCCCGGUGGGACUAAUGAAGGAACAUCUUAUCUUAUCAACUCAAAGUUCAAAACUGUUCUGGGCUUUAAAACGAAUUUUUGGAAAAUUUCAGUGUACAGUUCAAAUGCCAUAUAUCCAUGGUGUUAUGGUGUUAUGGGGAUGUAUGAGUGCCUGUCACAGGGGUGGUUUGCACAUCUGGUAAGGCACCAUUAAUGCUGAACAAGACAGAUUUUGGACCGACAGAUGCUGCCAGCCAGACGACACCUUUAUCAGUGAAGUCCUUGCGUAUCAGCAGGACAAAGCCGAGCCACACUCUGCGGGUAUUACGGCAUCAUGGCUCGAAAGUCUUAACUGGCCUGCCUGCUGUCUUGAUUUGUCUCCUGUUGAAAGUGUUUGCCACAUUAUGUUGCAAAAAUACGACAAAGGAGCAGCUGCAAUCCUACAUCAGGGACAUGUUGUCUUUGCACUGUCUUCAGUUAAAUAUGAGGUUUAAAUGCUCAGAAAACCACCCGAAUCUAUUUUACUCACAAUUUACAAAGCGUCUCAACCUCUUUUGGGAGUUUUGGUUGUACGUUUCGACCCUGGACAGAUGGGGUUGUUGGAAUCCAUUGUUUUUGUGUCGCAAAGAGCUUCUCAAGCAAGGGUACAAUUACAGCUGAUCACACUUGAGAGCUUUGCUAAAAAUACUAGUUAAAAGCUCUCCAAAUGGCCAGAGUCCUGUGCUGGAUAGUGGGGCUGUAAACACAAGAAAACAUGGAAACGUUUAACAGAGGAAAUAUUAGCCAUAACUCGUAUUUUCUGUCUUCUGCUUUUUAUGUUUUCUGCAACAUGGGAAUGAAUCCAAAAAGCCCCCCCUCCCAGUAAAUUGGCACCAAUAGAUCUGACUGAAUAAAAAUGAAGUGAAAACAUGGCCGUUAUAUCCAGGCUUCCAUCCAACAGAUAAAAUGUAUGCAUGCAGAGUAAAAAAAAAAGCGUUGGUGCUUUACAUAAUAUGAUUUUUAUUUGUUGCAGUGAGUUAAGUCUUUUGCUUUUCAUGAAAAUUCUCGUUUUGCACAGUAACUGAGUUAUUAUUCUACUAUUAGAGGAUGUUUAUAUCGCUUCAUCGCAAAAAUUAAGAAGUCUUUGUAUACUGUAUAAAUAUUGAAAGAAAAAUUUGCACAAACUUUAGGGUGGAUUAAUUAAAACGGAGUAUGAAUGGACUCUAAAUGGAGCUUAACUCUGUGGUGAAAACAGAAUGAAUGAUAUCUGAAAUCGCUUUAAUAUUUCCAAAUAACCUCACUGCUCUCCUCAAAGACAGGCUGAUUUGGAAGUGCUACUUGAGUAAGGUAAAUUUGAUGAAGGAAAAUGUGUUUUGGUCUGAAAAAGAGUUGUAGUGUAGAGCUGGUUAUUCGCUGCAAGAACAUCAGUGAUUACUCUGUCACUCUGUAGCGCACACCUCUUUUAUAGCAAAAGAGCCAAGCCGGGUAAGCUGCUAUUUUUAAUCCCUAUUUAAUCAGCAUUCCUUGACAUCAGAUUUGUUUGCAUCAGAUUUAUCCCACGCCAUAACCAUGAGCACAUCCUCAUCAUCCUCCUGGUUGGUGGCCCUGACAGCCCUCGUUAGUUUGCCUCAUGUGUGCCGCGUGUUAUCCUGCCAACAGUUACUUGGCUGUGGAGCUGAUGAGGGCCGGGGCAGAUCCCUCGGCAGCCUGCAAGACGGCCAUUUCCAGAAUCAAGAGGCAUUACUCAGAGUUCUUUGGAGCCAUCAUCUGUGCGAACACAACAGGCCAUUAUGGUGAGUGUGUGGGUUCACAAUGACAGACUGUUUAGCUCCUGCCAAAGGUAAUAGGACACACACCUGACACAAACAUUUCUAUUAAGAUGCUGACAAACAGAUGCAUACUGGCUUUUACUUGUGUUUGCUUUCAGACUCCAUAGAUAGAACAACAAGUAGUCUGAAAAUCUUGACGUUUUACAGAAAAACACCACAAAAUAUUCUACAUUUUGAGAAAUAUUCCUGCUCAGGCCUUGCUAUAGGAGAAAUAUCCAAAAUUAUAGCUAUUAAAGGAGAUUCUGAUCUGUGUGUUAGUAUGUCAUAUGAUGCACAAUGUCAGGUGCUCAUCCUAAACCGUCGCAAAGUUUCAAAACAUAAAACUGGGCUCGUUUUCUUGGUUCUCUAAACAGCUUAUUUUAAAAACAAAGUCAAUUUCCUCAUUCCUCUUUUGGUGAAAAGUUCCCUAAAGAGUUUUUUUUUAUUAUUUUGAAGGAAAGUCACAGCUACUGUAUCUUAAACUUUUUGUUAUUAAGGCAAAGUUGUGUAAAAAGUAACACCCGUAGCUGUGUCCAGUUUUAUCGAGCUGGAAAAGACAGUCUAAAAAGUGUUUCAGGCAGAGGCUCAGUAGUGCUAAAGUUAGGGUUUGUAGGGAUGACAGUAUGACGGAGUAUUAGGGCCACAUUAAGAAAAAAAAAAAUUAAGACUUCAAGAUAAAUUUACUACAGUCAUUACUAACGAGAAUAAAGUCGUAAUAAAGUAAUUACUUACGAGAAUAAAGUCGUAAUAAAGUAAUUACUUACGAGAAUAAAGUCAUACUAAAACCAUUACUUACUUACGAAACCAUUACUUACGAAAAUAAAGUUGUUGUGAAAUUAUUACUAACGAGAAUAAAGUCAUAAAGUAAUUACUUGCAAGAAUAAAGUCAUAAUGAAAUAAUUAUGAUGCUUAUGAUAAUGUGGUGCUGAUGUGCCAAAAGAUUAAGUAUCUCCUUGCUUGAGAAAUCUUUAUUGAAGUAUAUUUUCACAAAAUGCUCCAUGGCUCUGAUUUCAACAACUGUCUUCUUAAACAACAGGUUAGAAUAUAAGGACUUUAUUCUGACUUUACUCUCAUAAGUAAUUACUUUAUUACAACUUCAUUCUUCUAAGUAAUUAUUUAAUUACAACUUUAUUCUUGUAACUAAUGAUUUUAUUAUGACUUUAUUCUUGUUAGUAAUUACUUUAUUCUUCUUACUAAUGAUUUUAUUACGUCUUGAUUCUCGUAAGUAAUUACUUUGCUAUGACUUUAUUCUCGUAAAUUUAUGGCUCUAAUCUCGAAGUCUUCCUUCGGGGGCGUAUGACAGUUUGUGAAAAUUUAAGAAUUUUGAAGCGCUCCUCUAGAGACAUCCUAGACUGACAUGAUGAGUACACUGGGCAAAGAGCAAUCUGAGGACAAAGACUUUUUUGUUUCACGUAUAUAAGAGGUCUGUUUAUUCAGAGCAUUAGAGAAUAUGUGAAGUUUUGAAAGAGUCCAAAAUGACAAAAUCAGAGAUACUUGGUUAUUAAGGGUAGAGUUGUCAACUUUUGUUCAGCUUCACCAAAACACUUAAGUUCCAAGUUUCCUCGGAGUUUCUUUAAACUGUCUUCUGAUCUGAAGUUUGACAUCCUGUCGGCAGAGGAACUGUAGCACAAUCUGUUCCACCCAGUGCGCGCUUUGUUCUCAUGACAACAGCUACAAAAGUUUAAAAUAAGUGUGGCAGAAAAAGUGGCGUGUCAUUUCCUCUACUUCCUUCACAAAACUCCUGAAAAGUGCCCUGUGGAGCUUUUCUUGUGAACAAAGGAAAAAAUAUGUUUACAUUCACCUGACUCAAAAUGCAACAUGCAGCAUGUGCAUUCUUGAGGUCUGAGGAAAUGCACCUCCUAAAGAAAACCCCUUUCAAAGCUGAUAUUACAAUGGCACGACGCCAUCGCUAAGAAGGUCUGGGAACAAAAAGGACAAACGCUUUCGAGAGCUACGACAGGUCAGAACGUUGAGAUGACACCAUCCUCCUAUAGUAUAAAAAAAGGUGUCAGGGUUUUACAUGUUAUUACCCUUCAAAAAGUGAUUGUGGUCAAUUUGUCACAGACUUCUUGCUUUACAUGCUGUGCAAGAAAGAUGAGCAGAUAGUACAUAUAAACUUCCUGCCUUCAUUUUGAAUACAGUACAUGAUGUAAAGCCAAAGGUCUGCCUCCUUAAGCGCUGAUUUAUUGUCUUGGUCGAGCAUGCACAGAUUCACCGAUAAAGGUCAAUGACUCUUGAGUUUGUGUCGGUUUUGUUUUCUCACUAUGCUCCUUCUCUACUCUGUCAGUCUGGUAUGAAGCGUUUCAAAAGCUGCAUUUCUCUGCAGAUCUGUCAAUUAAGAAAUUUCUUUUAAAAUGUACUUACAAGAAAAAUGAACACUUGAAAUAAAUCAGCGUGAAAAUGAAUAUAACUGAGAGCAGAGAGGUUUAAUUUCGUAGUUUGACUCGUGCUCCCUUCCGUUAACAUGAAGGAGGUCGAGUUUGACCUAUACUGCAGCCAGCCAGUAGGGGGAGCUCUAAUUCAUUUGUCUUUUUAGUCAGUGAACACUACAACAGGAGUGGCAGAGGUGAUAUGUAAACAGUAACCCGUGUUUUCAUCCUAGUUUUAAAUGAAGCUUUGAGGCAAAAGGAGAAAAAACACACAUUUGGUUUUAUUUAUAAUCUGCAUUUCUUUGAUCUUUUCAGGCGCGGCUUGUAACAAAGUCGAUGGCUUCUCUCAGUUUCACUUCAUGGUGUCAAACUCCGAGUCUGACACACCGCUGCUUAAAUCUGUGGACUGCUUUUAAGGAAAUGUGAUUGUUUGCCUCUCAUCGAUAUACUGAAUGAAUCAACUGUGUCCAAUGUGUUUUUAUGGUUGAUAUUCUGUUCUAAAUUAAAAUAUAAAGUGUAAUUAAAGUAAUUUUGCUAAAAAGUUUUCA